AUGGGUUUUUUCAGUAAAUUAUUCAAAAGCGACCUGAGAUCGAGAGAGCAAUCUUCAAGAACAAGAAGUCAGAACAGAAGGACCAGACAAUCUAACGCUGGCGUGUAUGUUGGAUCCUAUGUGGGAGCAGGAGGAGGAGACUAUGGAGGAGGAGGUGGUGGAUGUGAUGGAGGCUAUGGAGGGGGAGGUGGUGGAUGUGAUGGAGGAGGUGGCGGUGGAGGAGGAGGAGGAAGCUGUGGUGGUGGUGGAGAUGGCGGAGGAGGUGGUGGUGGAGGAGGAUGUUGA